GUGUAAUACUUGCUCCAGUCUCAUCAUGGCCGACUUGGGAGGAGGUAUAGAUGAGUUAUCUGCGUCAAACGCUAUGGAUAAAACCAAUAUAACUGCUCCAAAACACAGGACUGGGACAGACAUGACCGUCACAAAAACAAGGAACAGCGGUCAUGAUUCGGAAAGUAAAGAAGGCCCGGACAGUCAGACGACCGCCUCGGAAUACUGCGGGAAGGUGCAGGAGUGGAUGUGGCAGUACUACUGGUAUAUGAACUGGCAAAACUGGAUGGCGAUGUCUAUUUCCCCCUUUCCUCCUUGUUAUUCUUCGUACCCAGCAGCAACCCAGAACGGGGCCACGCCAGCUGGGCAAGUUGGUCAAUCUGUCCAGGAUGUUCGGGUUUGGUAUAAUAAUAAUAUCAAUCAGUUCCCCUUUCCUGUCCCACCUUAUUUUGUGCCUCUCCCGGUUGCAGACGCUGGUGCUCAGGGACAGGUAGCUGCUGGAACAACUCCCGGGUCUGCAAGACCAGUGCAGCAGCUACAUGGCAAUGUACAGCAAGCAGGUCGCGAAUAUACAAUUCCCUCACCUUUACACAGAUUCAUAGCUGAAAUAGUAGACUUCUUCAUCCUUUUCUUCAUAAAGGCAUCCAUUGUUUUAAGCAUCAUGCACUUCAGUGGAAUGAAGGACAUUUCCAAGUUUGCCAUGAAUUACAUUGUUGAAGAAAUCGAUGAAGACACUUCCAUGGAAGAGUUGCAGAAAAUGAUGAUAGUAGCUCUGGUCUACAGGGUGUUAGUUUGCUGUUAUGAGAUAAUUUGCAUCUGGGGAGCAGGCGGGGCUACUCCAGGCAAGUUUCUGCUUGGCCUUCGGGUUGUCACUUGUGACACGUCGGUGCUUGUCCGGCCAGACCGGGUGCUUGUAAUGCCUGCAUCAAAUGUCAGCCUGUCGGCGUCUACGGUGCGAGCGCUGAACAAAAACUUCUCCAUUGCCUUCUUCUUUCCUGCUUUCAUCACGCUACUGUUUUUCCAGCACAACCGAACUGUCUACGACAUUGUGGCUGGGACGAUCGUGGUGAAACGAAAUGGGACCAGACGAUGAGAUAUGGAUCCGUCUGUUAAGCUAGUGAGGUUUAUGGUACCCCCACCAGUUCUGUAAUUCAAUAUGGACAGCAACCUGUAGGAGGAGAAGAGGAAGGCCCUGAAAAAAAAUGCUGAAAAAGUAACAAAAAAAAGAAAGAAAAUAAUUUAGAGUAACAGAGAUGACAUCCUUUUGAGACUGAAGAGAUGAUUUGAUGCUAAUUUAGAUGCAGUGCCUAAAUGGAAUAAUGUUGCUGCUGCUCCUUCAGAAUCUGCUCAUUCUCUUUUUUUUUUUUCCAAGAAAUUGUAUUUCACAUUUUAAUCUUUACUGCCUUUAAUAUGAUUGAAUUGCAUACAAGAUAUAUAAUCUGCACUUCCCUGUCACCAUCAGUUUAAUUUGUGAUGGGCAAAACAGGCAGUUGUCAGGUUCUUUUGUAUCCAAUACAACACAAAUUCAUAUUUUCCAAAGAACAUUCUCAAGAACUUGCUUUGCUGCAGUUUUACAUCCCUAACUUCCCUUUUGAGAGACUUGAUGUUGUGCUCAGUGACAGAUGGUCAUGAAUACAUCCAGAACGAAUGAAACCCCUAGCAGACUUGACACACUGAGUUAGUCACUGACUUGCAGUCCUUGGGGCAGUUGUAUGUCUGGUUUCUAGCUUAUUGUUCAAAGCUUGUUUGUCUACAGCACGCAGUAAUACCUGAAGUGGAUCAAACUGUUAUAGAAUUGCCAAGUUCUACGUCACAGUAGCAAAACCAUUGUGAAAGAGGCCCUGUGGUACGCUAGUGAUGCCUAAGAAGGCUUUAAAGAAGCUUAAAGAGCAGCAUUUCAGAUUUUGUAAAGUGUGCUCUAACAUGCAGCGGUUUAAAGUGUUAAAUCAACUAAGAAACGGUGCAGGUACAACUUGGGACAGAGUAGUUGUUUAUUUCCUGAUACAAUAGUUUUAUAAUGUUUUGGUUUAAAGAAAGAAAGAAAAAAAUCAGUGAUAUCCUAAUUUGGUCUCUUGAUAAUUUUUCUCUGUUAUAAAGUGUCUUGUAAUUUACAAGCCAUUCGCUUUGAGUGCUACACACACUUGGUAAGAUUUACUGUUGUAUGGGAUUGUGGUACUUGCAGGUGUUGAUACAGGGGAGCAGUGUUUAAUUUAAAUCUGCAUCCCCAUUCUAACUAUUAGUAAUUUGAGUUAGUUAUUUUGAUUCUUCAGUGAAAAACAGUUUCAGCCUGUAACCGAAAUAGGGCAAAUCAAAAUGCAAGCAGUUAGAAAGAAAACGUUUAAACCAGCCAUAAGACUGAAGUUGGUUUCAGAGAUCUUCAAAUUCUGAGCCAUCGGUGUUGCAUGUAGUCUUCCAUUUUUGGAACAGGCUUUUAAUGAAAUGCAUGUCUGUGAUUGCUGUUGCUGGAGAUGUGCAAACAGAACGCAUAUGAUCAGAACAUGACAAUCCAAGGCAGAGGAAAUGUAGCGUAAGAAUAGAAUUGCACAGAAUUGUUAUUCUUUAGAUACCAGUUUGAGUGUUGUAUAUUUUUAAAUAUUAGGAUAUCUUUAAUGACAAGGCAGCUUGUUUAAUUUUAGAUUGCGUUUGCAAUAUUUUGGGUCUGUCUAAAACAAAACUCAGUUUUGAUUACAAGUUGGUAUUUGAAUAGAAAUUGCUUGUGUGAUGUAUUCAUUGUCGAUUUUUAAAGAAUUGUUCUAAGUAAAUAAAUCUAAUCUGACUUAAAUUAAUUAUAACAAAGUUAUAUCCUACAAUAUAGAACAGUUCUAUUUCCAGACACCUAAAGUAUUUUGGUGAAACAAUUGUCUUUGUGAUAGUGAUUUCCUAAAACAUUAUUUUAAUGAUGAUGUUUUACAGAAUUUAAUUAUAGUAAAUAAGCUGUUGCAUUUGUUUCAGUACUGAUCAUGUUAUAUUUUUCGAUGGUCUUUUGAUUUCAGUAACAGCAAAUACCCAAAUCAUGUUUUUGAACAAUUGACGCUUAUUAUUUUUGCCAUUACCCAAGAGGCAUCAGCUACUACAUUGCUUUUAUUAAUCUUGUAUAUAUAAUUUGUAUUCAUUGCUUGUGAUGGCCUGUUCACUAAAGAGCCACAAAAAAUGAUUAUUUUCUCUUUAAAGUUUAGCAGUACACAACUUUCCAUUUAUAAGCAAGUAAUGUGAAACUCAGUGUAAUUAAAAGUAAAUGUCCUGCAUGUGCUUUCGGUGCAAUGCAGAGAGCAUCGUGUUUAUAUUAGCUAUGUGCUUUACUCUGGAGUUAAGCAGACACAGUGCUGCUGUUACUGUAACAGACUAAAGAAUGUCCACACAGCAGAAAGACUGCAAAACUUACAAAUCUGGGGUAAAAAAAACAAAACCUUAAGAUAUGCAAAAAUGACCUGUUUUACAAACGUGUAAAAUAGCUUUCUACAAACCUUUUGAUAAUUGCAGCAGUGAUUUGUCACAGAGACAUGGUAGAGCUACAGGGCUAGGUUAGUUUCAGCAUUGUACUGUACAGUAUAUGCAAACCAUUAGACGUACAUUUAGCUUUUGAAGCAUAACAGGAUUGAACACCAGUCGGGAUAACUUGUCAAGCUUUAAAUAAAACUCAGCCAUUCAAUGUUAGAAUUUCAAUUUUUUUUCUGAAGCUUAUUAGAAAUGAACUAAACUGAAGCUUUAGAUCUGAACAUUGAUCAAAUGUCAUUAUGGCUUUGUCAUAAUACAUUUAAAAGAUGAAGCUUGAUUUGCUUCUGUUAAUUUAACAAAGUGGAAAAGCGGCAGUCCUGUAGUAAACAUAAUAUGACCAAACAUUCACAGUUAACACAGUGAGGUAUAUUCAAUGCAUCUGCAGUGGGAGAUUUAAGUGCUAAAUUAGGAUCAAACCAGUAAUUUGACUGACUUUUAAAAACAAACAUACACUUAAGAGGUUCAUGCACACUAUUACAGGUGUUGGUUUUAUCAAAACUCAUUGUUUUAAUGAAUUAAACAACUGCAGUAUUUAGAUUCAUCACCAUUCAGAUCAAUUUAAUAAACUCCAAUAUGUAGUCUAAAAACAAAAAACCUGGUCAUCUUUGUUAAGUAGUUUAUUUUAACAGAGCAUAUUGACUUUUCUUUUUAUUAUUUCAAAACAGCAUAAAGCUAAAGCAUGGGAGAGGUUUAUACAAGAACUGCUUCAAAUACAGAGUACAUCAGCUACCUAGCUUUCAUGUAUUUUGUAUUCAAUUGUAGAAGUAAACUAAGUUCUGGAUUUGAGCUGGACAUGUUGUAUCUAUAUAUCUAUGUAUAUAUAUAUAUAUAUUUUUUUUCAGGAAUAAAAACUCAGACCAGCAGCACAAUGUUUAUAUUGGACAGCCUAAUACAGUAUGAUGAUAUUCAAACUGCAUGCAUUGCAAUAAUCUGUAUCAUGAAAAAUUAACAAAUGUGUUUUUGAAUCCUGUCAGAAAAUACAGUAUUACUUACAGUAUUACUAUGUUUUAAAUUUAAAUUCAAUUUGUGGUAUUUUAUGAAAUAUUAAAGCAUAUGUUAACACUGUGACUGCCUUUUUUUAUUUACUGGCACUCAAUUAGUUGGAGAUUACAACAAUUAAAAGUUUGAAACUUAUGUUAAUAUUUAUUGCAAUUAAAGUUGAAUUUAAAUCCACAA